AUGGAAUCAAUUGGCAAGGCAAUCAGUACCGCUAUCGAAUUUCCCAUUGAUUUCGAGGGCCAGAAAAAAGCAUCGCAGUACACCUCUCUUUUCCUCUACGUGUCCGUGAUUGCCAGUGUUUCAGCUGGCUUUUUGACCCAGAACAUUUUACACAUUUUAUACGUUCUUGCCACGUGUAUCGCAGUAACUGCUCUUGCUAUCUUACCAGCUUGGCCAGCAUACAAGAAAAAUCCUACUCAGUGGUUACAAGUGAAAUAUGACUUAUGA